AUGAGCGACGAGGAGAGACCGUCAAAAAGACAGCGCUUCUUCGCGGAUAACAUAUCUCCUUCCAAUGCUCCAGAUACCGACGCGUCGUUACCCUGUCCACCUGCGGAACAGCACCAACAUGAGGACGUGCUUGAGAUUCGAUCCGUUGAUCGUAUUCCGGAAAGCUCCCCCGGCUUAGGUGUCGCUGAAGAGUCGCGACAAGACUUGACAGAUAUUGCAGAAGCAAAAUGCCCGGCCUCGGUCCCCGAUUCCGAUGCCUUCCUCCCAGAUGCCGCCGAACCAGCGCAACCCGAAGGGACCACCGACACGAGUACAUCCGUCGAAGGAUUUAAUGUCGAACUCUUCACAAGCAUUGUAGGGGAACAACUUCCGGUCGAGUCGAUCAAAGCAAUUCAAUUGGCGGCCUCGAACAAUAUUGAACAAGCUGUCAACGUAUACUUUGAUGGUUCGUGGAAGAAGCCUGCACGAACUACUGGAAGGGCUUUGAACAAUGGUCAAUUGAACUCUCCACGGGCGAAUCCCAUGGUGCAAAGCCCGAUAGAAAACCAGUCUGUCCUGCGAAACCACCCAGAUACUAGAUAUGUGGGUGCGUUCGGGGUGGGGGGAUGGGCCACGAGGAGUGGCCGUGCGGUUCUCAAGCAUGGAGACAUUGUCAAGAUCGAACGUGCACGCUCGCAACCAACCAUGAAGCGUGGCAGAGGGGGCAAGUCAUUUGUCAACCACAAGAGCGAUGUCUUGACUCGGUUCACAAACGCGUCCGGUCAGGAGGUUGGACGGCUGCCCCACGAGACUGCUGAAUGGGUCUCCACGCUAAUAGACCAGAAGAUCUGUCGGUUUGAGGGAGUGUGUGUAUUUGUGCCCGACAUGGUGCGUGUGAAUGACACUAUCUACCUACAACUUCGGGUUUUCCUGCGAAAGGAGGCCUUUCAGCAUGGUGCAUUUGGAGCUUUGAACAAAGACGAUAACAGAUCCACUGGGUUGUUUGAAGAAAAAGAAAACACAGAAGAGAAGAACCUUCGACUUCGUCAAGUUUCUCUUGUAAAAUUAUUCCACGAGAUCAGCCUACAUCCUACUUCUACAAACCCAACAACAGAGAAACACAAGCGAGAUGGAAUCUUGCGUGCCGCUGAAAUUGCAGAGCAGUACGAUGGCGUGAAAAAGGAAAGGGAAAGGUCGAAAUCGACUAAAGACCCAGACGGCUCAUCUGAUGAGAACGACACGGAAGAGCUAGAGGAAGAUCAGCUUGACACUUUAUACCGGAAGGCUCAGUCGUUUGAUUUCAACAUGCCUGGGGCCGACUCGGCUCCUACCUUCCAGCUCAGCCUCAGGAAAUACCAACAGCAAGCCCUUCAUUGGAUGUUGUCCAAGGAGAAGGACGCCAAACAGAAUCAGGAAAGGUCAAUGCAUCCCCUAUGGGAGGAGUACACUUGGCCCACAAAAGAUGUCGAUGAGAAGGAUUUGCCUCCAGUCGAGGGCAUUGAUCACUUCUACAUCAAUCCAUAUUCCGGAGACCUGAGCCUUGACUUCCCUGCCCAGGAGCAACGCUGCCAGGGUGGCAUUCUGGCCGAUGAGAUGGGUCUCGGGAAAACCAUCGAAAUGCUCAGUUUGGUUCAUUCACAUGCAGUUGAACCUGAUCCCCAAACAUCAAAUGGUCCCAGCUCCGUCAACGAUCUUGCUCGGAUGCCAAAUUCGGCCGGGGUAGUACCUGCACCCUACACCACACUGGUCGUCGCACCCACAUCUUUGAUUUCUCAGUGGGAAAGUGAGGCUCUGAAAGCGGGUACACAGAGAGUGUUGGUGUAUUACGGGUCGGACAAGGCUGUAAACCUGAGAGAUCAAUGCUGUGAAUCGAAAUAUGCCACCGCUCCUCAGGUGAUCGUCACAAGUUACGGUGUUGUUUUGUCGGAAUUCCGCCAGCACAUACUCCAGUCUGCUCUAGGUCCCAGUACCAAUGGCGGCCUUUUCUCCGUGGAGUUCUUCCGGGUCAUUCUAGAUGAAGCCCAUGUCAUCAAGAACCGCCGAUCCAAAUCGGCCAAGGCCUGCUGUGAACUAAAGGCGGCGCACCGAUGGGCACUGACUGGAACGCCCAUUGUCAAUCGUCUCGAGGACCUCUUCAGCCUGGUCCGUUUCCUGAGGGUUGAGCCCUGGAGCAAUUUCUCCUUCUGGAAGACAUUCAUUACCGUGCCAUUCGAGUCCAAAGAAUAUGUGCGGGCUCUGAAUGUUGUUCAAAGUGUGCUCGAACCUCUGGUACUUCGGCGUACCAAGUCCAUGAAGACACCAGAAGGCGAGCCAUUGGUUCCACUACCGAAGAAGACCGUUGUUAUCGAAGAGGUAGAGUUACCAAAAUCAGAGCGAGAGAUCUACGACUGCAUUUAUACACGAGCGAAACGAACCUAUAACGACAACAUGGAGGCCGGUACUCUACUGCAGUCCUAUAGCACAAUUUUCGCGCAGAUCCUUCGGCUUCGUCAAACCUGCUGUCAUCCGGUGAUGACACGCAACAAAGCCAUCGUUGCGGAUGAAGAGAACGCCGCGGCAACAGCCGAUGCAGGAAACGAGUUCAAAGACGACAUGGAUCUUCAGGAGUUGAUCAGCCAAUUUACAACAGAAAAUGAGAACGCCGAUUCUCAGGACCGACCCGGGACAAUGGUCAAGUUCACUGCCCACGCCCUUCGCCAAAUCCAAACUGAGUCCAGUGGUGAAUGUCCGAUCUGCUGUGAAGAACCCAUGGUCGAUCCCGCCGUCACAGCAUGCUGGCAUAGUGCAUGUAAGAAAUGUCUCGAGGAUUUCUUACAACACCAAAUGAACAAGGGCACUGAGGCCCGAUGUUUCAACUGCCCUCACAGCCUGCCCCCAAAAUCUCUCUCCGUCGUAUAUACCCGCUCUCCCCUUCCGCGCAUACCUCCGCGAAAAUUCAUGCAUUAA